UGUGCCUGACAGUCUGGUAAAGGUGCUUGUGACAUGCAUGCAAACAUAUGCAUGGAUAACGUGAUAUGCUUAGGAUCAUGGAGAGAGAUGUUUGGCCAGCGACGCGCCGCACGCUAUAUAAUUUCCAGAAUCUUCCAGGUACAUCUAUCACCUUGAUGCAUGAGAUGUCACAUUCCUGGGGUGUAUAAAACGGGGAUAAAAAAGGAGAGUAAAUUUGGCAUCUCAACUGUAUCAAAUACUCUUUACCAAAGUUAACAACUUACAAGGCUGCAAGCUUUACCCCCAUCGUAUUACACUACUCAACCCAUAUACAUGUUCUCGUUCCUUUCUAUCCCACAUGGCGAGUCACACGACAAUCCAUACGGCAAUACGUGGGCGAACUCAAACCCAAAAUGUAACAAGGCGAAUCCAACAUUUUCUGAUGGACAUCCUUUUCUAGAUCAAGGAUCUGUUUUACUCUAUUCGCUUUUCAGCCCUACAAGCAUAUCCCCAGAGUACUCCCAUGCUAGCCAAACAUCCUCGUAUACCCUGAAUCAUCAUCCCAAGAAUAGCGGGAGGGCUAGACAUUCCAAGAAACAGACACAGUGUAAAUCGCCCGUUUUAAGUACCGAUGUUUCAAACCAUUCAUUACGACUCACUUUGACGGUUCCUGGGAGGAAGGUGAAGUUGAACCACUGCGAACUCUGUAUCAGGCAAGAUAGUCACGACCCCACCAAGAGCAAAUUGUCCAUUAAAUCCAAGAAGUAUAAAUUCAAAAAACACGUCCGAGUAGAUUCGGCCAAGUUUGAUAUGGCGGACGCCCACACUGUUGUGAAAAAUGGUAUCUUAGUCAUCUCUAUUCCGACGCGGCAUACCGAAGCAAACCCCAAGACUGCAGCAGAGGCCGUUGCAAUAGCUACCGAAGGCAGCUCAGAGGUGUCAAAUGCCAUUCACGAUCCUGGUUGCUUCGACUCAUGUGCAUCCUAUACCCUGGAUAUUUCUGAGGAUUUUAUGGAUGGCGGAUCGGCACCAUCUUCUGUCUCAAGCUCGCCGACCCUUCCGGAGUGGGAGCUUGGGAAAAUAUCAAAAGAGCCAACCUUAGAGGAAAUAGAAGAUGCGGAGUUUACCAGGUUAAGGUUAGCCGUUUAAACGGCACCAGACACUCCCACUCCCCAACGAUUAUGUUAAUGACUGCUAACCUACCUGUCACUACACGCUGCUCUACGAUUCUACUUUCAAUCACCCAUAUCCAAGCUUUCUCAUAUUUAGCGUAGAUAUUGUCAGUUAGCUUUAGUCGAGGUGGAAGGU